GUCAAUGUCGUUGUCAAUACAGCUGAAACAAUGUCAUAGUUUUAUCAUAAAAUAAAUCGUGUUUAUCUAUAUUUUAUUGUGAGAAUAUUGCAAUAAUCAUGCCCAAACCAAAAGUUGAAUUUCGUGAUAUUUCAUUGGGUCUACAAAUCAUCAGAAAUUUUCUUUUAGGCAGGAACUUUACUAUAGCCUUGCGGUUCGAGCCGAUGUUGUCGGCUAGGACCCAGCCUCAACCAGAGCUUCCUGAUGGAGUAACACACAAACACGCUCAUAACUACUACUACACACGAGAUGGUAGAAGGGAGAUGGCGCCACCUCUGGACCUUACACAACAACUGCUAACUGAUGGUGCUGGAAAGGGAGAACCUAAAACUGCAUCAGUAAAAAUUCCAAAGCCUGGAAAUGUUCAUCUUUGGGAUCAGCAUUAUUACAACAAUUAAUUAUGCAUAAAGUCUGUGCUUACAUUUAAAAUAUAGAUUCUAUUAAAUAGUCAA